AUGUCUUGCACUUUUAAAAAGAAAGAAGAUUUGUAUGAGGUUUUAGCUUCAUCUAAAGAUAUUGAUGAUUCAUUUUACAGUGUAAUAAUUGAUAUAUUAAGAUGAGAAAAGAUUUCUGAUUGUCUAAGAUUUCUUUCAAAACCUGACAAUGAAAAGCACUAUGAAUAAUAUAUUUUGUAGGUGAAAAAUUUAUCAUUUGUUGAAAAGGAAUAUUAACUAUUAAUAGGAAAAUCUAACAUUUAGAAGAUAACUAACCUUAUAUAAACAAUAUUAGAUCAUAAUUUUAAUGAAAAUAAUUAUUCUUAAGAAACUUACAGAGAAACUGGACAAGAGCAAAUUAAGAAAAUAUAAGAGUAUUAAAAGAUGAGGGAAUAUUUUAAAUUUUUAGUUACCCUAACAGUUCUAGAUAAUAAGUUGAUAAGGUGCUGA